AUGUUCGGGAUGUUAGUCUACGUCCCAGCGACUAUAGGGCUGACGGCGAGGAGGAAACAGACUAAAUGGGAUAGGGCGUGGGGUGAGGUGGUGUAUUUGGGCUAUCAAGCGGGAUUAUAUCUGGCCAACUCAAUCGUGGCCGGUGUCGUUGGCGGUCCUUCCUACUGCUCUGAAAGGCUAUACGAAUCUGGUCGAACGAGCGGCGUUCGUAAAUACCCAUACGAACCUAUCGGUUCAAUUCGAAUAAUCUGUAAUGCCAUAUUGAAUCCAUACGAGAGGAGAGAUACAGAGGGUAAUAUUACACCUUUCGUACAGACACAACAAGAAGGGGAAGAGCAGGAGCCUGAAAGGGAUAUUGGACCGUAUAUCCCUCCUCCGCCAUAUCAGUGUUCGUAUAAUGAUGGUGGUCAAGGUUCUUCACCUACGGAUCCAACAGAUGGCGAUGCCUACCGAGGGGUAUCACCUACAAUCUCAACUUUCCAUGAUUAUUCUCAUUCACCCCCUGAAGGUGACGACGUCCAACUUACUUCCCCCUCGACAUCGAAUUAUCAGAAUUCCAAUAAUGAUAGUUCUGAUUCACCUUUGUCACCUACGAUGAUCGAAAUAGUCAAUCAUAAGAUGACCCGACAUCAACAGAAUUUACCUCAGAAUCACAAUCAGUCUGAAACAAGGACGAGUCUCAGGAGAGUGAUGGAUGAAAAGGAGGAUAGUAAAGAGGUAGUUAGAAGAGCGUUGGGUGGUUAA